AUGGGCAUGAUGAGGACAUCGUCGUUGACCACCUUGUGGUUAUGUUACGGCUGUUACUUGGACUCUUUCUUGCCUAUUCUCAUCUUCCCGCAGACCAUGGCACCCACCUUUGAGCGAGGCUUCCCCUCUAUUCUAUCAUUCGCGCUCGCGGCCGUGGUUUUAGUCCUCAUUGCGGAUUUCUUGCACAAGCAUCAGCUGUGA